UUUCGGCUUGAUUGCAUGCGUCUACGGUCUUUAGCUCUCAUCACAUUUUAAAGUACUUUGCGCUUCGUCUAUAUGGUUCUACUUGUAUUAUGCGCUGUGAUUCAUGGCUUAGCGUUUGAUAUUAGGUCUUGGUGUGGACGAUCUGGAAGUUUUCUGUUUUAGAAUAGAAUAGCUGACAUAAAACUGAUAUUCGAGUGAAGUUUGUGCUCCUCCUGCCAAAACUUGAAGUCGCUGUUCAUCCACAGCUCCUUUAUAUGCUCGUCUUAAAGUGGUGACAGUGAGCAGUGGUGCUGAGAACCAUGGAGCAUCUCAGCGAAACAUGCCAAGGGAAGGAGAACUGUGAGGUGGUCAAUAAUCUAAAUGACGCCAAGGCCCCUCCAGCCAAAAUGGCCCGCCUGGAACAGAACGGAAGCCCGCUGGGCAGGUCUCGUCUAGGUAGCACUGGAGCGAAACUCUCCGGAGUGCACUUCAAACCCCCUGGACAUCAUCUGAUGGCCUGCCACAAGAGGGGUAACUUGCUGCCAGUGUUUUGUGUGGUGGAGCACUACGAGAGCCCCAUCGAGUUUGACAGCAAAGAGGAACAUGCUGAGUUCGUUCUGGUCAGGAAGGACAUGCUCUUCAACCAGCUAAUCGAGAUGGCCCUGCUCUCCCUGGGCUACUCGCACAGUUCGGCUGCACAGGCUAAAGGUCUGAUUCAGGUGGGCAAGUGGAACCCCGUGCCUCUUUCCUACGUGACGGAUGCACCCGACGCCACAGUGGCGGACAUGUUACAGGAUGUGUACCAUGUGGUCACGCUGAAAAUCCAGCUACACAGUUGUCCUAAACUGGAAGACCUUCCUCCAGAGCAGUGGACCCACUCUACAGUAAGAAAUGCGCUCAAGGAGUUACUCAAAGACAUGAACCAGAGCUCUCUGGCAAAAGAAUGUCCCUUAUCACAGAGUAUGAUUUCUUCAAUUGUUAACAGCACUUACUAUGCAAAUGUGUCUGCGGCGAAGUGUCAAGAAUUCGGACGCUGGUAUAAACAUUUCAAGAAGACAAAAGACAUGAUAGUCGUGCGCCAGCCCUCCCAGCUGGAGGGCUACCUGGGGACGUGUGUCCUCCAUGACAGUCCACGUGCCACCACGUUAGCUGAGAUGGACAGUCUGUCUGAUCUUUCUCCACCCGGAACCAACCACCUCAGCUUCAGUCAGCAGCCCAUCCCGGGCAGCACGGCCGAGCAGUCCCCGUCCCCGGUGCCCCUGUCCCACAGCAGUCAGGCCCCCAGCCGUGCCCAGCUCCCCGGCCUGCACCCCGGCCUGGUGUCCACCCCCAUCAGCCCCCAGCUGGUGAAUCAGCAGAUCGUCAUGGCUCAGAUCCUCAACCAGCAGUACGCCGUCAACCGUCUCCUGGCCCAGCAGUCCCUGAGCCAGCAGUACCUCAACCACCCGCCCGUCAGCCGCGCGCUCAACAAACCGCUGGACGCGCAGCUGUCCACCAACUCCGAGGUCUCAUUGGAGAUCUACCAGUGGGUCAGAGACGAGCUGAAGAGGGCGGGAAUCUCCCAGGCUGUAUUUGCCCGUGUGGCCUUCAACAGGACGCAGGGUCUUCUGUCUGAGAUUCUUAGAAAAGAGGAAGACCCCAAGACAGCGUCUCAGUCACUCCUGGUCAACCUGCGAGCGAUGCAGAACUUCCUGCAGUUACCGGAAGCGGAGCGCGACCGCAUCUACCAGGACGAGAGGGAGCGCAGCUUGACUGUGGCCUCUGCUAUGGGCCCUGCGCCCCUCAUCAGCACCCCUCCCACACGCCCUGUACAGCCCAGAAGAGAGGAGUGCAACAGUGUGAGACCAGAAGACUGGAAUCCCAGAAUUCCAGUGGGCAUCUCUCCUGUGAAGCCCAACCCUCUGACCUCGGAGUGGAACGGGAAAUCGGAGAACUGCGUGUUAAACAUCAACUCCUCCAUCUACGACGAGAUCCAGCAGGAGAUGAAGAGGGCCAAAGUGUCCCAGGCCAUGUUCGCCAAGGUCGCCGCCUCGAAGAGCCAGGGCUGGCUCUGUGAACUGCUGCGCUGGAAAGAGGACCCGUCCCCGGAGAACCGCACGCUCUGGGAGAACCUGUCCAUGAUCCGCCGGUUCCUCAGUUUGUCCCAAGUCGAACGGGACGCUAUAUAUGAGCAGGAGAGCAACGGAGGACAGCAGCACUAUACGGACAGACCUCCUCACCUGCUGCACAUGCCCACCGACCCAUUACAGACUCAUCAACAGCCUUCCUCUCUGCUCCAAGUGCCGCUGCCCCUGCCCCUGCCCCUGCUGCACCCCUCACAGCCUCCUCUAUCCGCAUUUUUAGAGAUGAUGGAAGGAGAAAUAGCAUACUUUGUUUACUCGAAUUUCAGGAUGAGGGAGAUGAAGGCGAGCGUUGUGUUGGAUAUCAGGAGCGAGAACAACAGUGAAGGUAACCGGGUCAGAGAAGUCGAACACAGAGGCCGAAACAAGACCAAAGGGACUGUCGGUCAGAACAUCUCCGCCAACUGGCUACCUACACGGACUCUCUGA